AUGCUGUCUAAUAACAGGAGUGCAUCCGUGGUGAUACUACUUACGUUAAUUACAUUUAUUACAAUAAUCAGUUCUGCAUAUAUUAGUUAUAAAGAUGUCUUUGUGUUGGGAAAAAUUUACGACUACGGUUCCUCGACGAAUCAGGGUAAUACUGCAGGUAAAAGGGUUACUUGGGAGACAUACUCAGAAUUAUUAAGACCAAUAGAUUUAGCUAAUAGUACUACAUUGUUUAAUUCUAUAUAUGCAGCAUUGAGACAAGCUGGAUCCGAUAUACAUCCUAUUGGUCUUUCUUAUUUCGCUGCAAUGAUACCUAAGGGAACUUUGAUGUAUCAUGCUGGUGCUAAAGAUAUUCCUACAGGUCUCGAAUGGUUAGCAAUGGAUCAUGAAUUUAGUUAUAAUUUUGGAAUGCAUGGUCAACGUUAUGGUAGAAAUGCAAGUAGUUUCAAGCAUCAUGGUCCGCCAGGAGCUGGUAAGAAAAAACCUACCGGCGAUAACAAUGACGGUUCAUAUGCUCCGCCAGAACCUCCAAAGGGGCUUGAGUGGGAUAGAAAGCAUUUCUUAACAUUUAGAGCCACUAGGGAUCUGAAUAAACUAAUCUACUUAGAUGGUGCUUCGGCAGCUAAGUCAGAAACGGGAGAGAUGGAUACUCAAAAAUUGUUAUCAGAUGUUAUUGCAUAUAAAAUGAAAAAUGAAGAUGAUGGUGAUGAUAACCAAGAAGAAGGUGAUUCAGGGAAGAAAUUUGUUAUGGCAGAAAGAUUAUAUGCGGAAAGGAUAUGUAAAUGGGGUAAACCUUUUGGUCUUGAUGGGUUUAUUAGAGUAGAGGUAGGUUUUGAAGUCGUCUUAUGUGAUUUCCUAAAUGGUAGUACAGAAUUAGUAUCUAAUAUUACAAUACCAGAUCUAAGUGAAGUACUGGGGUUGCCUGCCCCUGCUGAUGUCAGUAAAACUGCUGGUUGGCCUUUGGAUGAUGAAGGGAAACUGAUUGAAGAUGAACUGACUGAUGCACAAAAGGAAAUAAUGGAUCAAGAAGAUUACUGGCAAUCUGUCCUAGAUGAAUAUUCUUCAAUGAGAGGAAUGGAUCAAAUUAGAGCAGGUGUUGUUCACGAUUCUGGUGAUAAAAGAAUCCAAUUAGAUUUUAGAUAUUUAGUCACUGGUAUAAAUCGUACCGUUGGGGAUAUUGACCCAAAUAAUAGAAGAUUGUUGAACGAUCAUUUCAAUUUUGACCAACAGAUUCAACUAGUGGACGAUCUAGAGGUUUCUCUAAGAAAUACUGGAUUUUAUCCUUACUUAUCAACAGACUGGCAACACGUAAUAGAUGAAAUAGUAGAUAAAUUUGCUCCUAUGAUUAAGAUCAUGGAUAACAUUCUUAACACAGACAACUCUGGAAUGACAAUUAGUCAAAUAGCUGUAAAAACUACAAGAUAUACUAUAAAUUUUGUUAAUAGAUUUACAGGUAAAGACAAUUCAGUAAUGAUAGAUGAUAUUAAUUCCGGAGAAUUUGGAUUUGGAAGACAAUUCGCCGUUUAUCAAUACACAAGUCCCCUAUCGGAUUUAGUAACAGAUUCAGAUUUCUUGAUUUGGUCCUCUGUAGUGAAUGUUGUCACAGAAGUAGUAGAUUCGAUAUAUGAUAUUCAUGAUUUAUUAAUGCCAAUUGUCACCAGUGAUCUUGGUACCAAAUCAACCGAUGAAAAUGAAAUCGACGCUACAGAAGCAAUCAAGAAAUCGGCCGAAAUAAUAUCUUCACUGAUUUCAAAUUUGAAUUGGAUCGCAUUGGAUUACAAAUGUAACCGUAAAUGUGAAUGGGAUGAAAUAUGCUACACUCCAUCCUGGGGUCCUUCUCCCAUGAGUUGGGCCCAACCGGAGGACAACUCUACGUCGUUCGGAAUGCAUUAUGAUGAAACAAUCGGACGUAAAGUAGUAAACAAAGAACUCCGGUGCAUAAACGCAGAUUUCAUAAUGGAUUACAACAACAAUAGAUCAUAA